AUGGCAAAUCGUGAGGUAGUCGAAUACCACUUCUACUGUCCGCCGGGGGUACAGCGUGUUCUUGCGUGCGGAUCUAGCGCCUUCAUCGGGGAGGUUGAUGAUUCGACCAUCCUCAAGUAUCCUCUGGAGCCGGGAGGCGAUAUGAUUCGCCUCGAGCUUGAACACAAGAUUCUCACCAUAGUUGGCCAACACCCCCGAAUCAUCGCGCACAAAGGAUCUACAGAUGCCGGCUUAUACCUCGAGCGUGCGGCAAACGGGACCAUCCUUGAGUACCUGACCGAGUCGGAUCAUCCCGCCCCUCAUCUUCAGCAGAGGGUAGCAUGGUGCCGACAGCUAACGGAGGCAGUCGACCAUAUCCAUGCGAAGAGGGUGAUCCACUGCGAUAUCCAGCCCACGAAUAUCCUAGUCGAUCAGAAUCUUCAUCUCAAGCUGGCCGAUUUUCAAGGCCAUUAUCUCUCGGAGGACAGCGAGGUCAUCUUGACUGGCUGGAGCGGCGAGCCGUGCAGAUAUUUCUGUCCUCGAGACAACGUGUUCGAGGCCAAUAUCAUGACGGAUCUCUUUGCGCUCGGGUCUACCAUCUACUUCAUAAUGACCGGACAUGAGGUGUUCCGAGACAUCAUCUACGGAGAGGCUGGGUGGGAUGAGGCGGUUCGGUCUCGAUUUUCGAGAGGCGUUUUCCCGGAGGAUUCCCAUGCCUGUGCUGCCGUCACCCAAAAAUGUUGGAGGCAACAAUACGGCUCUGCGGGUGAGGUUCUCGAGGACAUCAGAGCUAUCGAGCAAGAUUUGGUUGGAGAAGCUUGA